CCGACGACCUGUUGCAGCCUGCCUGUAAAUUUUAAAUGUCCGUCUCACUAACAACAGUAGAAAAGGACGUUUCAGUGAGACUCAUCCUAUUGGACAACAGCGUUGUCAAUCAAUUCUAGAACGCACUUUUUUCUCUGGAAGGAAACUCGCAGCACAGUCAUUGGUUGAAUGUAUUGACGACGCACGCGCAUUCUGCGUCACGAUUGGUUCAGGAUAGCUGCAGGGUCCUUCACGUGGGCCAAUUAGAUCACUGCAAACACAGCGUGCUCCCGCCUGUAGCUGGAUGACGCAGGGGUCACGUGUUGUUUGUGCCGCGGUCCAUAGAGAUGUGUGUACAGAGGGAGUGAGAAGCAGACUGGCAGCGCCGCUAGGAUCCAGCGAUAAUAGACACGGGUAAUGUGGUCAUGUUGCAGUGGCUUGGCUUGAAUUCUUGUCGCGUUGGCUGCGUUUUCCUGAGGCGGCUCAGAGGAGCGCAUCAUCGGGAGGAAUAAAUUGGAGAGCACGACUCCCCUCCCUCCCUUACUUCCAUCCCUCCCCCUCCCCAAACAAGAAUGGGGUCUCAUAGCGCAACACUAAGGCGAAGAUAAACUUGACCUAACGUUUACUAACCAAAUGGCAAACCUUGCGAAUUAUCCAGAAGGCAACGCCGCCAUGCUGAUGCUGGAAGCGCAGCAGAGGACUGUCGGAGCUAAACAAGUUUCAAACGGCGGCCCCUCCGGCGGGGAUCCCCAUUCUUCUUCCCCGCUGAACGGCGGCGGCGGCGGCGCGCGCUUCCAUCAACAUCAGCAGGCUGCGCUGCCAAACACACACACACAUCAUCAACCGCAGGACCACCACCAACAACAACAACAACAUUUUGAUCACGAAAACUAUCAACAGUCUCCGGCGCGAAAAAGCCUCUUGUCUUCUCUUAAACCAGCACAUGAGGACUCCGUUGCUUCUGCUGCUACGAGCCACACACAGCCUACCUCAUCUGUUAACACCGGCGCCGCUUCUGCAGACGGGCUGGACGACAUUAGGAAGUGCGGUUACCUGAGAAAGCAGAAACACGGCCAUAAGAGGUUUUUCGUCUUACGCUCAGCGAGCCGUUCAGGACCGAGCCGAUUGGAGUACUAUGACAGUGAGAAGAAGUUCCGUAGCAGCCAUCGCUCUGCCGCCGCAUCCUCUACCGGUGCUACCGGUGCUACCGGUGCUGCUGCGAGCGCCUCUCCUCCCAAACGCGUGAUUUAUCUCUACCAGUGUUUCACUGUAAACAAAAGGGCGGAUUCAAAGAACAAACACCUCAUAGCUCUCUAUACCAAGGACGAAUACUUUGCAAUUGUGGCCGAAAAUGAGCAAGAGCAAGAGGACUGGUACGUAGCGCUCAGCGACCUGAUGAGUGAAGGCAAAAAAGGCCACACGGAGGCCGACGAGCUCGACGACGGCUACGGUACAGUAACGCCAGGCACCGUCUUCAAAGAGGUCUGGCAGGUAAACGUGAAACCUAAGGGCCUGGGGCAGACUAAGAAUCUCACGGGUGUGUACAGACUGUGCCUCUCUACUAAAACCAUCCACCUAGUAAAACUGAAUUCUGAGACGCCGUGUGUAAACUUGCAGCUGAUGAACAUCAGACGCUGUGGCCACUCGGAGAGCUUUUUCUUUAUAGAGGUUGGGCGUUCCUCUUCAAUCGGUCCUGGCGAGUUAUGGAUGCAGGUGGAUGAUUCUGUGGUGGCUCAGAGUAUGCACGAGACCAUUUUAGAUACCAUGAAGGCUCUAAAGGCCUACGCCGAGUUCAGGCCGAGGAGUAAAAGUCAAUCGUCAGGUUCUAACCCUAUGGCUUUCAUGACCACACGUCGCCACCUGGGAAACCUGCCACCCAGCCAGACAGGACUGCAAAGGCGAUCUCGGGCUGAGUCUGUGGUUGGCACGCCACCUAGCAGUAAGAGCAGUGGUGCGAGUGGAUACAGGUUUCGUACCUCUAGUGAAGGCGAGGGCACCAUGAGCCGCCCGUUUCGGUCAGUCACAGGCAGCCUGAUCCACCUCAAUACAGCACGUGCCAAUUUGGGUAGACAGGAGAGCAGUGGUGGGACGGGGAGCCGAUAUGUACGAGCCCCGCCAGGUGCCACCUACCAUGCACGAUCUGCCUCACUUCCAGUGUCUCAUUUCCCCUCCACCACUAGUCCCGUCAGUAUGUCCAGUAGCAGCGGCCAUGGGUCUGUCACUGACACCAACACCCGGCCUUCCAGCGCUUCCAUCUGUGGUUCUCCCAGUGAUGGAGGCUUCAACUCUUCUGAUGAAUAUGGCUCCAGUCCUGGAGACUUUCGCUACUUCAGAGUACGCAGUAACACACCUGACUCACUGAGCAACACACCACCCAUCCGGGAGGAGCACUGUCUCAGUGACUACAUGGCUAUGGGCUGGAGCCGAGAUAUGUUCAGUGGGAGUGCUGGGGAGGCUUCCCGUGAUGAAACUGCUGAUGAAGAUUCACGGUCAUUUAGGAGGCGCACUCCUUCCUUUUCCAGACAGGUGGGAGCUGGGAGUGCUGGUGGAGUAGCUGUUUACCAGAAGAUGACCCAGACCAACUUCUCGCUGGACGAGGCUGUAGCUGAGGGAAGCUUUCUGGGCAGCAAUGGCCAGCUUGCCUCCAUCUCUUCAUCACUUCGUUCUGAUUACAGCUCCAGCUCCGAACACAGCCAGGACAACCCCCCUGCAUUACGUGCUGCUGACUCUUUUAAAGAUGAUGGAUACAUGCCCAUGAUGGCUGGUGUGGUGCCCUCUGCACGAGACCCAGAUUACAUGCCUAUGCAACCCAGUUCUCUUGUCUGUGCCUCCCCACACAUUCAGAGUGUGGCCUCACCUCCCUCUCAGCACAUGGACUCACAAGGCUACAUGAUGAUGCUCCCAAGUGGGAAUGGGGGAGCAGACACCCCAACGCCAGCCAGCCCUCACAUUAGUGGCAGGGGCCUUAGUCAGAGAGGUAAUGAGCAUCCUGAAAAUGGAGAAUACAUGGAUAUGUCUCAGAGCAGGCCCAUGGCAGGCAGACGAAAAUUCUCUAAUGACACUUACUACGCACUGAGCGCUCCUGAGAUACCCAAAUCCCACAGCUCAUAUUUCUCCCUACCACGUUCAUACAAAACCCCAGCAAAACAUCGGCGUGAGCAUGACGAAUACGUUCCCAUGAGUUCACCUGCCAAACCUGUCUACAUCUCUCCGAGCACCACACCUGAGCAUAAUGGCUGUAGCGAUAUGGAUUGCCAUUCUGCACGUCCAAACCGCCUCCCCCUUAGCCAACGCAGUUUUCAUGGGUCUUUACAGGCACGUGAGACAGUGGAAUGUCCCUCCAGUCCUGGAGAGUACAUUAACAUUGAGUUUGGUGACCAGGCCACCUACUCGCUCACUAUGGAGGACACUCUCACCAGCCAAAGCACCCACCGGCAGGACCGGCACUCUCCCCUUCCCCAGGAUUACAUGAGUGUGGAGGUGGAUGGCCUUCCACCCAAAAGUCAGUCCUCACGCUCAUCACUGGUGGCCCCUUGGAACCCCCCUACUUAUAUUCGUACCAGUGGUGGUGGAGUCACAUUGGGACCGUCAGAUGACUACACAGAGAUGAGCACUGGUCGACGUGAGGAGCGUAAAAGCCCCACAACUAUGCUGCAACACCUUAGUGUUUGUGAGCAGAGGUAUCCAAGCUCUAGCACACCUGUUGAGCCGAAGGUCAUCCGUGCAGACCCCCAGGGCAGGCGGAGACACAGCUCUGAGACUUUCAACACAUCUACGGAAGUGACAGGAGCGAAUAGCCUGGACAACAGUGCCUCAGUGCCUAGCGCUGUUCCUCAGGUGGGGGACAAUAAGUGGCAGAGCUCAUCAGCCUUCGACAGCACAUGGAUGUGUGUGGAGAACAAAGCAGCAGGUGACAAUGAGGAAGCACCGGGCCUCUCCUCAGACCGAGCUGAAGCAAGUGCCUCUUCUGUGAGUACCAGAAUGACUCUAUCAGUGGAACACCAAAAUGGCCUCAACUACAUUGCCCUGGAUCUGAGAGAGGACGAAGGGACUGAGAGUGCCAGCGCUGAACCCCAAAUGCCGGUCUCUGGCGUGCUCCUCCCAGAAAACGGGGACUACGCCAGCAUAGAUUUCAGUAAAUCUGAGCGGAUCACUGCAACUUCUAAAGAGUAAAGAUGAGCAACGUGGCUGCUUUUUGGAGAAUGGAGGAGCCAUCGAGCCACUUUCGGCCCGUCGCACACCCUGCAGGAACGACCCCAGGGACCUCCACUUUUGUUUUGUUUUCUCGUCAUGUCCUUGCUUUAAAUUUCGCAUCUUUAGGAGCGCAUUAUCUUUUGGGUUGGUGUUGUUUGAAGUCAGCGCUUUAAUAUUUUGAUUGUUAUUUUAAUGUUUUGCUUUUUAAUUGUUCAUAAAAGGGAUUUGCUCACUGACAUGCAGAGAUCCUAAUACUAUUGUCAGCAGUCUCAUCUACAUAGGUACACGGCGUUUACUGAUUAAAAUGCGUUCGUUUUCAGAUUUCAGGUGCAUUUCUUACGAGUUUUAGUAUUAUUAUUAUUUGUUUUUUUUUUUUUGGUGGGCAGACACACUGUACGCACAGGUACGCAUUGUUCAGGGGUUCAUCUGUGAGAGACCUUUUACAAUUUAGCUUUUUACUGCAUCUGUACGUUUACAAGUGUUCUUCCCACAACAUGCGUGUUUUGCUUGAAAAGAAGUCCUCCACACAAGCUAUCUGUGCAAAUCACAUAAUCCCGCUGGCUGUAACUCACUCUGACGUGCUAUUAAGCUGCGUCGACCCUACGCUGGGCCCCAGGUGCGACGUGCUGUACAUUCUUCGUGUGUGACCGAGACCAACUGUACUCUUGUAGUCCUCCACUCCCCCUUUCCUCUCUUCCUUGGUAGGGAGCACACUGCCUCUUUUCCUCACUACCAAAUAUGCAGGAUUGACAGAAGGGGAGGAGCCCGGCGGGGGGAAAAAAAAGGAGGAAGCGUCUAUUCUGGGACUAAACAAAAUGCCAGAUGAGAUCUGCUCCAGUCUCGGAGCACUCACAGGGCCAGCGUAAGGUCACGGAUAGCGUUACUAUAACUGACAUGACUGAAAGUAACUCAUGAGAGUUCCUCGUACAAGGAACUCCUAACUAAAGGAGGCUCACACUAAUUAUGAUCUUAACAGCAACUAGGCAACGUCAUGUUCAACUGAAAUUGUCCCAGCAUUAGUACACAAAGCUCUAAUCGGUACGCUGUUCUUAUGAACACACCCAAGGACAGAAUAUGAACAGAAACAUUAAGCCUUCUGAGAGAAAAGCAGAUUUUUUUUAUUUUAUUAGCCAGCAGUUUAUCGUUUUUGUCUUCUUCUCAGUAUUGUACACAUGCUUUGAGUGAGUGCCCCAGUGAAACACCGUGGCACAGGAUUCAAGCUCAAUCUUUGCCUUACUGUUGUAAUUUAUUGUAGUCCGUGUCAAACUUUUUUAUGAAAGAAAACUAUAGAGAGCAGGUGUGAAACAAAAUAAGACAGACAUGGUACUUUAUCUUUAUCUCCAGCUUGAGAUUGAGAUGUUUUGGCUUGUUGGGUACAAGAAAUCACGUCGUCGUUGCCGUCCCCUUAUUUCGGUACAUUUGAUAUAAACAAACCAAAUGUGAAACAUUUCAUUUGACGCUUGUACUGAAAAUCAAAAUGAGAAAAAUAGAGAUAUUUUCAUGGUAUGUUGUAAAAUUGUUGGUACUGAAAGUUCAAAAUGUGAAUGUAACCUCUUAAAACUCAAGUCCUUCGAUAUUUCACUCCCUUCUGGUCAAGGGAUCUUUCCUCUCUUCCCCGUAUUUUGUAUCAGAUUCGUGUCUUAGGAAGCACAGGCCACAGCGGCGGACUGUCAUUCAAAGAAAACAGGGCAUGUUUAAACUAGCUCUUCAUUUUUGUAAGAUAAAAAGAAGCGUAAUAGAAAUGUUGUGGCAUGAACACUGCUUUCGAUUUCUUCAGUUACGUUUUUAGGUACAGUAAUCUGUGUUAUACAGACCUUCAUGACUGAAAGAGCUACUUCGGCACUAUUUUUAAAAACCUGCCUCAAAACAAUGUUGGGUACAUUGGAAAAGAUCCGGCAAAAGCUGCUGUUUGUUUUUGUUUGUUUGACCGAAUAUUUUGUUGUACUGUGUCGCAAUUUCAGGGUUGCUUUUUUUGUUUUUGUUUGUUUGGUUUUUUUGGUUGAGAAAUUUCAAUCCAAAUAGCCAGUGUUUCAAAUGCCGAAUGACAAUAUACACAGAUGCACAGUGAUGCAUCGUUAAUUUGCAAGUUCAUUUUAAGUUUUCUUUUAUUUAGGAUCUAGUGUAAAGUUUUGAUCUCCUUGGAAUUGUAUGGAAUUUGGAUAUUUUUCUGAAUCUCAAAGUUUGGGGAAAGUCUUGCUUUUCCCGCAGAGUGAUGAGGCAUUUUUGCAGUUUUGUAAAAUGUAUUUUGUUACAGUUGUAUUUUUAUUUUGCUGCUGUGUUUAAAAAAGGAAUUUUUUUAAAAAAGGAAAAAAAAAGAGGGAAACAUUAGGGCGAUUGUGAUCUUGGUGAUUAGCGUAAUGACAGCUGUCGUGGGAUCUGCUUUUGGUUAAUGAAAUUUGAAUGCUUUUGCUGGCAGAGUUGCGUUCAGAUCUAGAGGUUUAAAACCUCCUGUGUUUUAUUUUAUUCCUUAUUUUUUGUUCAUAGAGUCUGAAAGGGAAAAACGAAAAAGAAAAAAAAAACAUAUAUUAACAACCAUUCAUGGCUGUGUCCACUGUACAUACUGUUGUUUUAUUUCAUGUUCAACACCCCCACCCCCCACCCCCCCAAAAAAUCCCCUCACCCCCAACCCCCGUCUUUUUUCUCUGGCUGGAAAAAGGAGAGUGAUCGCAGAUUUUGGAAAGUUACAUAGUGUUUAUAUUUAUCAGACAUUUUGCUUUGAAUAGAGCUAUUGCAAUAAAAAUGUGGUAAUGUAA